AUGCUGCCGUACGUCGAAGUGUCUUACCUGCCCGCGUCUGCAUCUUUCUACUCGGCCGUCACACAUCCCUUGGGCCUUCGGUAUAUAAGUGCCAACCCCGGCUCGAUUGUCUACGGCGCAGCCUCUCCCACCGACCCUGACGGCGCCACCACCCCAACCUUCGAGGUCAGGAGCGUAAGCGAACGUGCCGGACCGCUAAAACAUUCGCGCCUCGUGCUGUCGGCAGGCUCGCCCGAGGCCGUUAGAGACUUUCACGCGGCGGCCUUGCGGGCGUACCCCGAUCUGCCACUGAUCGGCGCAGCUGGGGACAGUGCCCACCGCCACUCUGACGCCGAACCGUCGUUUAGUGGCGACAACCGAGCACGGAUACAGGACCUCGACGGGAAUAUAAUGGAAGUCGUCUACGUUCCUCCCAACGACUAUCCAUCACGCCCCGGGGAAUCCACCAUUCGUCGUACGCAAUCCACUACGGACCAAGUUGGGCGCAUUUUGGACUGGAACCUAGACGUCGCAUCCUCGAGCCCUUCCAAGUCUGUUGCCGGCUCCGGAGCCGUCGGUGGGUCCGCGACCGCAGUUGCUCGACGCGCAGGAGGUCCGGAAGAGGAACCGCCCCGUCUCCUGCGGAGGAGCGUCACGACCUCUACCAUCGAGACCUCGUCCUCGCCGCGCGAGAACUCGAACGGCAUCAGCACUGGUGCUGUUGUCGGAACGGUCCUAGGUGCCGUUGCUGCCGGCGCUGCCAUUGGCGGUGCCCUGACUUACAUGGGGAUGAAGAAGGAACGCGAGCGUGCUCCUCGACAGGAGUUCGAGGCCCCGGCCUUCCAGCGUCGCUCCACCUUCCCGGAUCCGUAUCCGGACCACAAGCCAAAGUACGUCGAGCGGACGGUAGAGAAGAUCUACUACCCGGACCAACUGCCACCCGUCAGAAGCCGCCACUACCCACCGCCGAGCUAUGUCGCCAAAUACUCGCAAGGUCCAAUCCGCAGCAGAGAGGUUGAGGAGCUGGACGAUCGCUCGAGCCGCCACUCUACUCGUCACAGCACCAGCGGCAGGACCCGCACCCGGAGCGAGACCGGGUCCAUGCGGCGGCCCAUGAUGAUCGCAGAUGCCGAGUACAGGAGUAAUGCUGGAUCGAAGUACACGACUGCCCCAAAGAUGCUUAUGGAUGUGGAACACCGCAGCCACGCAGGAUCGCGUCAUUCGUCAAAUCUCCUUCCCGAGGCGGACCACUGGAGCCGUGCGCCUUCGAAGCAUUCCGUCCCGCGGUCUAUCAGGCAUCACGAACCAGAGGUGGAGACGUACAUCUCGUCGAGAAGCAAGAGGGACCCAGAGGCAGAAACAUACGUCUCAUCCCGGAGCAAGAAGUCGGAGCGAUCAGACAGGUCAGAGAGCACCAUCAGGCCCGCUAGGCAAUCCGUUGUCUACGACGCCCCGCAAUCAAUAAUGUACGGGGACGUCCCUAUCCGAUCUCGUGCGCCUUCCAAAGCACCUACCAAGGGACCCUCCGUGGUCCCUAGCCGUCAUUCGACGGCCCAUUCUGCGUCAACGGUAAAAAUGGCGCCGACCAUGUCCAGGGCUAACAGCUAUACUACGGCACGGAUGGUCCCGCUUCCCGAAAGCCGCCUCGGCAGCAUGGUUUCAGCUAGGGACAUUCCCCUGCCUGAAAGCCACGCGGACUGGGACAAUGAUAGUAUCGCUCCCAGCGACAGUAUCAGUUGCAUCGGUUCCCGCAGCAGGAGCGGACGAUCGUAUCACUGA